AUGCCUGAACUCAAGAAAUUCUACUUCCCAUACUCUAAUACACAAACUACACUUUCUCUGAAAGAUUUAUCAUACUACAAAAAUAAUCACUCUGUGACUGUCUUUGAUAUUACAUAUACUCUGAAUCCAUCUCAUCCAACACAUACAAAAUUUACUACUUGGCAUAAGCCAACUUAUUUCUAA